AUGUUCGACGUGAACGUCACAGUCGUCGUGACCGUCAACCAAGUCGCAGACCAAAUCGAUAGAAGGAAGGUGCACUCGCGGAAAGGCAAUAGCCAAGCUUCUGAACGCACUUUCCCAGUGCGAGCAUCCGGACGCGGCGGCUCUCAGCGCGGCUAUGCUUCCACCACACUGGACUUUGGCAAUGGCAGAAAGAUACGAGGAAUCGCAAAUGGUCCCGGUCAGACAAUCAGCUUCGGUCUAGGGACAUUCGCCUCCCACCUCUUCACCGGCCUCUUCGGCUUUCUGGCGACCAGCAUGAUCUCUCUCUUCCCGCCUUCGAAAGGACCUUAUGAGAUUCCGCCCUGGUGGCUCCAGCUCCUUCAUCCCAUCAAACUGCUCGCCAGAAUUCUGGACCUCAUCUUCUCCCUCUUCCGCCUCGACAAUACAAUAAAGAAGAACAUCUCCAUCGUCUGCAUCUCCGAUACCCACUCCCUCACAACCCGCAACAUCCCCCACGGCGACAUCCUCAUCCACGCCGGCGAUCUCACAAACUCAGGCACGCCCUCCGAAAUCCAGGAGCAGAUAUACUGGCUCUCCUCCCUCCCCCACACACACAAAAUCAUCAUAGCCGGCAACCACGACACCUGGCUGGACCCCAACAGUCGUGCAACCCUCCCCCUCGAAGACCAGGACGGCAAACUGGACUGGACAGACCUCAUCUACCUCCAAUCAACCUCCACAACCCUCGACUUCUCCCACCGCACUGGCAUCAACAAAGGCCAGAUCAAGAUCUUCGGAAUGCCGCACACGCCCGACAUUCUCGGUCCAGAGCAUGCGUUCCAAUACCAACGCGGGACCGACGUCUGGACGAAUACGAUUCCUGACGAUACCGAUAUUGUCGUAACGCAUACGCCGCCUCGCUAUCAUUUAGACCUUCCUGGAGUGACGGCGAUGGGCGAUGACUUUUUGCUUCGUGAAGUUGCUCGUGUCAAGCCAGGUCUGCACGUCUUCGGCCAUAUACAUGCCGGCAAGAGUGAUAUAUUCGGCUCAGCGAAAGGAGGGCAGGAAAUCGUUAGAUGGGAUGAGAGAGAGGAGCAUUUCGAGGGUGCGGUGAGGUCAGGGCAUCCAUUUGGGAUUUUUAGUAAUGUGGUUGCGAUGUGGCAUUUGUGGAUGUUGUUCUUCAGUGGGAUCGUGGGAGUUGUGAGGGAUUGGUGUGGGUGGGAUGUGGAGAGUACGAGGAUGGUCAAUGCGAGCAUGGUCUACUGUAACACGGGAGUCAUUGGGAACGAGGCGCAGGUUGUGUACCUUUAG